UUGAGCUAUCUCACGUACAUACCUUGCACACAAACAAACGCGAUUGUUUGCCAUAGCCGUACCACCUAAUUUAGUUCAUUUCAUUAUUCGGCACCAAACAGUUCAAGUCAUUUUCGAAUUUACCUAAGUGUUUUUUUUUUUUGUAUUUUUUAUGUAGUCCAUAACCAUAGAAUUAAACACCAGUAUGAAGUUACUAAUAAGUUUAGCGGUAAUUGCGCUAAUCUACACUUGCGUUACGGCGUCGAACUUUUGCAGUGGACCCAACGAGGUGUACCAGGAAUGUGGCUCAGCUUGCGAGAAGACAUGUGCCGGCCUUGGAGCCAACCAGACGUGUAACGAAAAGUGCGUUCCAGGAUGCUUCUGCGCGGAUGGGUUCGUUCGGCUCAACCAUAGCGGCCAGUGCGUACCGAGUUCCAAGUGUCCCAAAGUGAGAGUGCGACGUGCGCCGGAACCUUUGCCUCCGCUGGUAAUACCCGUACCAAUACCGAUUCCAAUACCAGUACCACCCAUUGUCAGACCACGUGGUCCAUUGUGGUGGCUCCGUCCGCCACCACCGCCAUUGUUCGGCUAGGAAGCGGAGAUGAAUUACUUAUUGUUGAAACUUUUGUUUUUGUAUUGGUGAAAAACUGUUUUCAAUAAAAGCUCAAAAAAUGUUA